CCUCCCUUCAUGUUUUCAGCAUGUGGAGACACAACGACCUGCCUUCACACCUGUUUUUUUUUUAAUUUGUGAAUACUCUCAGUUGUGGUGGAGCUCUCUCUGAUAUGGCUUUAGUGGAAACGCUUCUCAUGCAUGUGUCCACCACAGGAGCUUUACUUGCAGCUGUGCUGUUGUUUUUGGUUGCUUAUCUAAUCUCAAUCAGCUCCAGCUCUUCAGAAGAGGGAAGAGAUCCUCCGGGACCCAAACCACUGCCACUGCUGGGGAACCUGCUCCAACUGGAUCUCAAACAACCUCACGUGAGCCUCUGGGAAUUGUCCAAAAAAUAUGGGUCAGUGUUCAAAGUGCAUUUUGGACCAAGGAAGGUUGUGGUUCUGGCUGGAUACAAGACAGUCAAACAAGCACUUGUGAACCAGGCAGAAGAAUUCGGAGAAAGAGACAUUACCCCCAUAUUCCAGGACUUCAAUCAAGGAUUUGGAAUCAUCUUUGCUAAUGGCGACAGCUGGAAGACGAUGAGAAGAUUCGCUAUCUCAACUCUUCGAGACUUUGGAAUGGGCAAGAAACUGAGCGAAGAGAAAAUAGUAGAUGAGACACAUUAUCUGCGGGAAGUGUUUGAGAAGUUUCAAGGAAAUCCAUUUGAUACGACCCAACCGGUGAAUUAUGCCGUCUCCAACAUCAUCUCAGCUAUUGUGUAUGGAAAACGAUUUGAAUAUGAGGACCCAAAGUUUCAGGAUAUGGUGAACAAGGCAAACAAGAACAUCCGCAUUAUUGGUUCAGCUAUGAUACAGAUCUACAACAUGUGUCCGGUUCUUGGACCCUGGAUGAAGACGUGGAGGCUGCUGAUGGAAAAUAUGAAAAGCAACAGGAAAGAAAUGCAGAAGCUAGUGAACGUCUUACGGGAAACUUUGAAUCCGCUUGACUGCAGAGGAUUUAUCGACUCUUUCCUCAUCCGCAAACAAAGAAUACAAGAAUCUGGAGAAAAAGAUUCACAUUUCCACGAUCAGAAUCUGCUCAUUAUGGUGUCAAACCUGUUUGCUGCUGGUACUGACACGACCGGCACGACACUGCGCUGGGGUCUGAUGCUCAUGGCCAAAUAUCCUCAUAUACAAGAUCGAGUUCAUAAGGAGAUUGACCAGGUGCUUGCUGGCCGUGAACCGGUUACAGAGGACAGGAAAAACUUACCGUAUACAGAUGCUGUGAUCCAUGAAAUCCAGAGACUGGCUAAUAUUGUACCCAUGAAUCUUCCUCAUAUGACCAGCUGUGAUGUUCACUUCAACGGAUACUUCAUCAAGAAGGGUACGUGUGUUCUGCCGCUGUUGACGUCUGUGUUGAGGGAUGAGAACGAGUGGGAGACGCCUAACACUUUCAACCCUCAACACUUUCUAGACGAGAAGGGUCAGCUGAUCAAACGAGACGCCUUCAUGCCCUUCUCUGCAGGCCGCAGGGUUUGUCUCGGAGAGAGUUUAGCCAGGAUGGAGCUCUUCCUGUUCUUCACUUCCCUCCUUCAGCAUUUCUGCUUCACUCCUCCUCCUGGAGUGUCUGAAGAUGAUUUGGAUCUCACACCAGUCGUGGGUCUGAUCUUGAACCCUUCACCCCACAAACUGUGUGCAAUCAGUAGACAACAGAAAGACAACUAAACUGAUUCCGCUGCUCGUGAGGCGUGUGUUAUUUGUUAUUUGUUAACUCCAGCGGCCUCGUUCAGCUCUCACAACACUUGGUCCUGCUCUGCUUCAUACUACAGUAACAUUAAUAAUUUAACUUAAAGAAGCUUAAUAGCACAUUUGUCAGAUUAGAGGUGCCAUAUAUUAUUUUUUUAUUUUUGAGCUAGUAGGGACCCAUUAUCAUGCCAGAUAGAUGAGUCAAUAUGCUUCUAAAUGACACUUUUACUUAAAAGGUGAAUGAAAAUUAAUAAUUUCUUACCAAAUCGUGGAUUUAAAGAUUUAAAAUCCUGUACUAAAUGCUUACUGAGAAACAAAAUAUAUUACACUUUCAAAACCUUUAAAAUUUAUUUCUUUCAGCAGCAAAUAAAAUCAGUGCUGACAAGUCAGGGAAUAUACAUAUACAACAUCACAAUAUACUCCCCUUUUAUACACAUACAAAAUAAUGCAACAAGCUUGAAAUAUGUACAUUUUUGAAGAAGACAAGGGUCCUGUUUUUUUUUACAUACAUUCUUUACUUUAUUUGGAAAAUCUAGUGUUUUUAACAUUAGAUUAAUGAGUGAAAUUGCAUGAAAAUUGCUAAUACAACCACUUGAAAACUGAGAUAAAAAAAAAAAAAAAAAAAGGUACAAGACAGGCCAACAAUGUGAUGGCUCUCCAAACUGUAAUGUGAGAUUGGGUCCAUAACUUCAAAAUGGUAGGCUACAGUAACCAACAAUGCAAGGGCUCUUUCAUUUCAAUGCAAUUUAAUUCACAUUCACUCGUAUAACACUUUUCACUAUACAUAUUUCAAUGCAGCUUUACAGAAAAUGCAUGUUUCUAUGUGACAAAAACAUAAUCGUCUUUUAUGAGGUGAUAUCAGAAACUACAGUUGUAAAAUAGUGUGCAUGUAAAGAAAGGAUAACAUGAUCAUUUUGUAUAAUCAUCCAUGUUUGAUGUUCUGGAGUCCUUCAUCUGAAGUCUUCAUAAGAGGCUGGAUCCAAGCUGGAGCUGGUCUCUAGUUACCUUAUGAUAUUGAAAUCUGUAAUAUUUGCUUGAAUUAUUUUUUUAUUCAAUAGAUUCAUUAAUGCAUUCAAAGGAAGACAUGUGCAAUAAGAAUGAUGUAAUUGUUUUUUAUAUACACAGCAAAACAUCCAGUGUUAAAUGAACACUUCCAGUGUCACCCUAUAUAAUCUGGUGUGGAUUAUAUAAACACUGUCAUUAUAUUUUAUGUGCCUUUAUAUUUUUGCAGUCUAUUUUCGCUGAUAUAUCAGUGUUAUUUGCAUUUCAAAAUAGUUUAUUUUCUUUUAAUUCCGAAAAUAGACACAAAAAGCAACACGAUCCCUUAAAAAAGCAUGAAAAAGAGAAAAAACGCACGGUCAUGGUCACUAAAUGCAUGAGCUAAAAACGUGGAAGCGUCGCGUCUUUUAAGGUGGACCGGAUAGCGUCAAUAAAGCUGCGAAUAAGAAGCUGAAUUCAGCCUC